AUGCGCUGUCUCUUCCCAUUACCUUCUGCUACUCUCUUUUCUCUUGUUUGCAACUCUCUUUUUUAUCUUACUCUUCCCAUUACUCUUUUUUUUUCUUGUUUUUUUUCUAUCUUUUUCUUUUAUUUGACUCUUCUCUCCUUUUCUCUUGUUUUACCUUGUCUUUUGUUAUCAGCUGUCCCUUCCCACUCCCCUCUGUUACUUCUUUUCUCUUGUUUGCAACUCUCUUUUUUAUCUUACUCUUCCCAUUACUCUUUUUUUUCUUGUUUUUUUUCUAUCUUUUCUUUAUUUGAUGCCUCUCCCUUUUCUUCUUCUUACUCUCCUUUUCUCUUGUUUUACCUUGUCUUUUGUUAUCCGCUGUCUCUUCCCACUCCCCUCUGUUACUCUCUUUUCUCUUGUUUGCAAGUCUCUUUUUUAUCUAACUCUUCCCAUCUCUUCACCAUGUACACUUUGUUUCUCUUGUUUUCUCUGUCUUUUCUUUAUCUAAUGCCUUUCCCUAUGACUUUCUUCUUACUCUCCUUUUCUCUUUCUUUACUGUCCCUUUUCUUUAUACAAUAUUUUUUUCUUAUUCCUCCACCACUUAUUCUCCUUUCUCUUGACCCCCCCUCUUUUUAUUUAUCCAAUACCACUCCCCAUCUCCUCUUCUUUCUUUUCUGUUCCUCUCACCUAUUCUCAUGUUUUUCGCCUCUCACUCAUACUCGCCUCCCGUCUUGCCAUGCCUUUCAUUUUCUUUGCCCAAUUUAA